AUGAAGGACAAUGUCCUAGUCGGGAUUCUUCUGGCGAUAGCGUUGGUAACCCCAGCCUUCGCGUGGCUGUUCUACAUUUGGUAUCGAUCACAUGUGGCCCGGAUGCAUCAAGAAGGCCAAAUCCUCAACAGAAGAAACCGGGACCGCGCCCAGGCUAACUAUGAGCCCGCGAACGGAGCCCAAAGCCUUAGAUUUGGACCCUACGUUACCCCUAGCGGGUGGGUUCGCCCAAAGACCAGAGGAUUAUCCCAUGACCUGCGUCUGCCACAGUAUGUUCACCCCCGGCAGCCCACGUUUACCGGAAACCCGAAUUCUGACCAACAUUUCCAAGGACCCAACCGAGUCAGCACCCAUAGUCUCCCUCAUACAGCGAACCAGCAGCUGAACCCAUUAUCCAAACGGCAACAAAGGAAACAACGGGCUCUGCAAAACAAACAAAAGCAGCAACAGGAAAGAGAGCAGCAGCAAAGUCAGAAUGAGCAACGAGGAAAGCAGAACCGAAGCCAACGCAAACAGAAAAACAAGAACCAAGGCCAGAACCAUCAGAAAUCCCCCACUGCUCGUUCUCCCAAGGCCCAGGGGGCGCAGGCCGAGCAGUACGAUCCGUGGGGAAACACAAAAGGACAAAAAGACCGAACUAGCAACCAUGGUGGAAGUGACUGGGGGAAUGAGCAAGCUCCACGGGACAAUCAAGAUAAUACUAGUCAGAACGACAACAACAACGACUGGGGCAACAAUUUCAACAAGGACCAAGGAGAGCAAAGAAAUAGUGUAUCAGGCUCCCCACCACGAGGCUCACGAGACAGUCACAAUAGCCCACGGGAAAGAAGUUCUCGAUGGGACAACAGCCGCCCUGCAUCUCAAGAUCCAGCGUCAGGAAACGAUGUGGAUUUCCUUCGUGGUAGUUGGGGUCAGAGUGACGAUGGUGCACAGCGGAACAGCCAUUCACGGAGCAACCAUUCCAACGAAGACCACAAUCGCUGCGAUGGAUGGGGAGAUGACGAUACGAAAAGUUACCACAAGAAAAGCAAACGUGACCACCAUACAUCCCCGGAUCGAAAGUCAAGAAAAGAAGCAGAUACCUGCAGUGGUUGGGGGCAGAAUGACAGCGGCACACGGCAAAACAGCCCGCGACGGAGCAUCUAUCCCGACGAGGACCAUAACCACCACUAUGGAUGGGGAGACGAUGAUGCGAAAAUUUACCACAAGAAAAGCAAACGUAACGGCAAUGCCUCUCCAGAGCAAAAGUCAAGAGGCCGAUCAAGUCCCAACCGUGAGUGGGAACGAAAUAACUGUGGGGAACAGGGCAGCAGCCGCACCAGGCCUAGGUCUUACUCCUGGGGACAUGAAGAAGAACACCGUGGCGGUGGCAGUCCAACCUGGAGUCAAGAUAGAAAUGUGCACCGGGACAAAAAGAAGAAGAAGGAGCGCUGGCAGAUUGAAUUAGAGGAGAAUGAGAAAAUGCGUCAUACUCGAAGCGGCUCGCGCGAACGCUCGGAUGCAGGAUGGGACAAUCGCAGCAAGGGCUCCGGCUGGAAAGAGACACAGAAAUGGUGA